AUGGAAUCCCCCGCUCCGCAACAUUUUCCUGACCGCCCUCAAUUCUCGGACUUUAUGAAGCCAUGCCGAUUUGAGGGAGAGGUUCAAAAUUUGGAGGUGCAUGGAGAUCUACCCAAUAACAUCAACGGUGCUUUCUAUCGUGUUAUGCCUGAUCCUCAGUUUGCCCCUUUCGUCGAAAACGAUCCUUGGUUCAAUGGAGAUGGAAAUGUCAGCGCAUUUCGCAUCAAGAAUGGGUCUGUGACCUUCCAGCAGAGAUAUGUGCGCACCGAGAAGUUUGUACGCGAGAGGGAAGCCAGCCGGGCGCUUAUUGGAAAAUAUCGGAACAAGUUCACCGAUGCGGCAGAAUUCGCCAUUAGAAGCACUGCUAAUACCAAUGUUGUCAGCUUCAACGGCCAACUCUUGGCUCUCAAAGAGGACUCUCCCCCGUAUGCGAUGGACCCGGAGACCCUGGAAACAACGGGCUUGUAUACCUUUGAUGGCCAGCUUCCCAGCAUAACUUUCACUGCUCACCCCAAGACCGAUCCGGUGACAGGAGAACUGAUUUGUUUCGGUUAUGAAGCCAAGGGAGACGGCAGCCCCGAUAUUUGCUACUAUACCAUUCGUGCCGAUGGCAAAUUUACCCAAACAACUUGGCUAGUGAGCCCUGUCUGUGGAAUGAUCCAUGACUUUGCUGUUACUGAGAACUGGGCAAGUGCUGCUCUUCCAUACCAAUCAAUAGCACUAUUAUGUGAUCUAGAGCGAUUGAAGCGGGGUGGGGAACACUGGCAAUGGAGCCCUGAGACUCCCCUCUAUAUCGGCGUGAUCCCCCGCUACGGAGCUAAGUCUUCGGAUGUCAAGUGGUUCACAUAUAAGAACUCAUUCCCUAGCCAUACGGCCAAUGCCUAUGAGCAAGAUGACGGCAAAAUUGUCUUCGAUCUCGGACUCAGUGACAAGAAUAUCUUCUUCUGGUGGCCCGAUGCUCAGGGUAACUCGUCUGAGCCCAGCAAAAUCCACUCCCAACUUACACGCUUUACUCUGGAUCCUAACGCGGAAGAGGGAACUCUUCCCGAGCCAAAGGUUUUGCAUGAUGGAAACUCGGACUUCUAUCGCAUUGAUGAUCGUUUUUCUGGGAGAAAAUAUAGCCACAGCUACUUCAAUCUCAUGGAUCCCCGCUUGGGAACGGACUUUGCAGCUAUAGGUCCGGUCAUGGGCGGUGGAUAUCCUCCUUAUAACUCGCUGGCACAUCACGACGAAAACACCGGGAAAACGGAAGUCUACUUCCCAGGACGCACGCAUCUUGUGCAAGAACCCGUUUUCAUUCCUCGGGCAGGCUCUACGGAGGAAGGCGAUGGAUAUUUGAUGGCGUUGGUGAACAACUAUCGCACCAUGUCCAGUGAACUGCAUCUUCUAGAUUGUCGAGAUUUGACCAAGGCUCGGGCGAUUGUCUUGCUUCCUUUGAGACUCAGAGCUGGGCUGCACGGGAAUUGGGUGGACAACAACUAG